AUGGAGCUUUCUUGUAUGGAAACAGUAGAUGAGGUGGAGCAAUGUCUUGAAGGUCUUUUGAAGGAAUGCUCAGAUAUUGAUGAGCGUAUGUAUGACUUGAGCAUUUGUUCUAAUGAUUUGGAUGUGUUAUUUUCCCAGUUGAAUGUUUUGAAACAUGAUCUUGACAUAGUUCAUGUAGAUAUAGAAGGAUUUCUGCAGAUGUUAGGAGGAGUUGUGACAAGAAUUCGCGAGGUUUCAAGAAAUAUGCAAGAAAAGAAGAUACAACAGACUAGGCUUGAAUCCACUAUUAAAUAUGUUAAAGAUGUUAAAAUGCUUAAGGAAUGGAUACAGAAUCUUUAUUAUGCAAUAGAUCAGCGUAAUUGGGAGUUAGCAGCUGAAUAUGUGUCUGAAAUUCAUGGAAUUGAAGCUCAAGUGAUAGAAGGAGGGUUUACAGCAGUAGUAGUACCUACAGAAAAUAUACCAAUGGAGCCUAAAGUAGCAUUACAAGAGGCAUGUGAUGCAAUGAAUACAGUUUGUUUGAAAGGAUUUCAUCAAGCGGCAGAAAUCAAGGAUGAAAAAGAAGUAACACGCUUUUUUCGUCUUUUUCCAGUAAUUGGAAGACCCAAAGAGGGUAUCAAGGUGUAUUCUGAGUUUAUUUCGAAUAUGGUUAUCCAGAAUAAAGAUAAAUUGUUGUCAGCAAUGGGUAUUUUAGAUGAAAAACCAAUAGAUACAAAAGUAUCUAUAAGCUAUGCGUUAAUAAUACAAAAUAUGUUUGAAUAUGUUGCAAAUAUUAUGAACAACCAUCUACCAGUGAUCAAACAAUACUAUAGUUGUGAGGAUACACUAUUUGCAAUAGAAAAAAUACAUGAAAAAUGUAUUGAACAAUGUAAUAUAAUAAUAGAUAGGUUUUGGGAAGAAAGACAAUUAUCUUUCAUUAAAAUGUAUUCAUUUGAGUUUUUAAUCAAAUCUUUCUCGUCUACUUUAUUUCAAGAACCUGAUUCAUCUUUGUUUUCACAGGAAAACAAAGCAAUUGAUAUUAAAAAUAUUGAUAUCUUGUUAGAAGAGAUUUCAUGCAUACUUGAUCAUUGGUCUUUAUACAAUAGAUUUAUUUUGGCUAAGUGUAUGGAAAAAAAUCAAAAUGAACUAAGGGAAAUUGGAACUAAGACGGAUAGUAUGAUUUUUACUACACUUAAGAUGCCAUAUUAUACAAAACUUUGUUCUACUUAUGAACGUAUGGAAUUGUUCUUCAUGCGUCAUUCUGUAGAAAAAGCGUUUCAAUUGGAUGAGCAAGAUACUAUGUCAAAACCUCCUAUGUCAUCUUUUGUUGAUGAUAUUAUGUGUAUUUUGAGAAAAAUAGUUCAAAGGGUUUUGGAUACGGGAAAUCUUUCUCUUUUGCAAGAUGUAUUAAUUGGGGUUAAAAGGAUUAUGGAAAUGGAUUAUAUUGGAAUUAUUCAAAGGAGAAUAAAGACAUUUCAAGGGAAACUAAAUAAUCAGGCAUUUUCAAAAAAUCAAAAUUAUAAAAAUCUAAAGAUAGAUAAUGAUUUUAUUUCAUUUAUUAUUUUACUUAAUAACUUGGACAUAUCUCAAAAUUAUAUUGAAAAAAUUGUAUCUGAAAGCAUUAAUAAAGAUGCAGUAAAGAAGAAAUUCCCAUUUGAAAGUGAUUUAACAAUUAUAUUUCAACCAAUUCAGGCAUUACUUUUAUUACAAGAUCGACUUAAUGAACUUUUAAAAGAUGGUUUAAAUACUCUAUUUUUGGUUUAUAUCAAAACUCAAUUAAAAAAAAUAUUAACUGAUUAUUUUAACAAGUCUACUUAUAUAAUCAAUAAUACUACUUUUAAUGAUUUAGAAAAGAAGCAACCAAUUCAACAACAUUUUGUUCAAGGUUGGAAUCUUAUUAUAACUAAUUUCAGAUAUCAACUAACCCGUGAAAAUAUGAAUUAUCUUGUAAAAAUAUCAUCAACUCUCAUAGCAAACUGGUUAGAAAAAGCGAUUUUAAAUAUACAAAUGAACGAAUUGGGAGCAAUUCGUCUAGAUAAAGAUAUUUCUUUCAUUUCCUCACAUAUUAUAUCUUAUGGUUCUUAUCAAUCUCAUGAAUCGUUUGCAAAGGUAUAUGAAAUGAUUCGUGUAUUAAAUUGGGAUUUUGUUCAGGGGCCAAUAUCUUCCGGUUUAUUAGAAACAUUACGAUUUUUAUCCAUAUAUGAUGCUGAAAUCCUAUUAAAACGCUGCAGAUCUCCAAUAUCCAAUUCAACUCUUGAUCCUUCCGAUUCACUGUGA